UUGAAUUGUUGUGUUUUGGAACGGUUGAUUAGUUUUAGAAAAUCAGGAGUUAGAAACGAGAUGAAGUGUGACUGUGAUUACAUAUUACCAACUAAAGAUGGUUGGGAACAUCACUAUGAUAAUUGUAUCAGCAAAUGGCAUUCGAAAGCGCAAUAUCCAAAGAAUGAAGACGGAUCGAUUCGUCUAACAAAUAAAAAUCUGAUGAAAAUGCAUCAAGACUUUAUCUACCACCUCGGACUAGAUACAGCCACUUACGACUUAAAGGCUAUGUUUGGGGAUGUUAAAUUCGUAUGCAUGGGCGGUACAAAAUAUCGUAUGAAGGAAUUCGCUAAACAUAUGGCUAAAGUAUUAAAUAUAAAAGAUUUCGAAGCAAAGAAUUUGAGCAAACACUCGCAUAGAUAUGCGAUGUAUAAAGUGGGACCGGUCAUUUCAAUUAAUCAUGGUAUUGGAAUAUCUUCAAUGACGAUACUCCUACAGGAAAUAUUAAAAGUCUUGUACUACGCGAAAGUGAAGAAUCCUAUAAUCUUCAGAAUAGGAACGAGCGGAGGUCUGAAAAUUCCUCCGGGUUCCAUCGUCAUAUCAUCCUGGGGUCUUAAUGGUACUUUGGAGAAGAUAUAUGACCUUCCAGUUUUAGGUGAGAUUCGCAAGUUACCUUCUGUUUUCGACAAAAGAUUGAUACAAGAACUCAUGUCUAUGGUGACUGAGGGAGAUGGUUUCAACACGUACAGUGGAGGAACUAUGGCUGCUGAUGAUUUCUAUAGAGGUCAAGCGCGGUUAGACGGUCCGUUCUGUGAUUAUACAGAGGAUGACAAGCUGGCAUUCCUUCGCAAGCUUUCAGCGCUGGGCGUGAGAAAUAUUGAGAUGGAGGCCACCGCCUUUUCCGCGAUGACUAGAGAAGCGGGAGUGCGCGCUGCGGACGUCUGUGUUACUUUACUGGAUAGGUUGAAUGGUGACCAGGUAACACCAGACAAGGAGUUGUUAUUAAAAUUUCAAGAACGUCCUAUGAUUCUAGUCGGAAGAUACAUCGCCAAAUAUUACGAAAACAAUCUGCUUCUGAUUAAAUAAUUGAACGAAAAUAUUUAA